AUGAAAAAUUUUAUGUGGCAUAUUGUUAUAAUUGCUUUUAUUGUUAUAAAUAAGAAAAUAAAAUGUUACAAUAUAAUCUUGAAUAAUACAAAGUUUCUGACAAGCCAAACUAAAGAAAUAGAUGAUGAACAGAUUCUUUCAAAUGUAGAAAGAUUGGAACAAGAUGAAAAAAAAAACAAAAAAUAUAAACAGGGAGAAAGAAUUAAAGAAGAAAAUACGAAUCCAUUAGAACUAGUUAAGAAUUUUUUUUUUAAAAAUACAAUUGAAGAAAAAAAUAAGUUAUAUUUAAAAGAUGCUAUAAGUGAUAAUAAUUUAGAUAGUUUUACAUACCUUCAUAAUAAAAAUGGAGACGAUUCAUUAAAUGAUCAUAUAAAUGAUCAUAAGUAUUAUAAUAAUAGAAAACAAAACGAUAAUGAUAAUAAUAAUAAUAAAAGAGAUUAUAAUGAUAAUAAUAAAAGAGAUUAUAAUAAUAAUAAUAAUAGAGAUUAUAAUGAUAAUAAUAAAAGAGAUUAUAAUGAUAAUAAUAAUAGAGAUUAUAAUAAACAUUACACAAAUUAUGAUAACAAUGAAUAUAAUAAUGAGGAGAAUUAUAAUGAUUAUAAUAAUGAAGAAAAUUAUAAUGAUUAUAACAAUGAAGAAUAUUAUAAUAAUAAUAUAGAAACUCAAAAUGAAAAACAAUAUGAGAAUAAAAAAGAAGUAGAUAGAAAGAAAAUGUUCAAACUUGCCAUCGAAUUAAAAAAUGGCUCAAAAAAAAAAAAAAAAAAUAUUAAUAAAUGUAUAGAAAUUUUUCAAAAUUUAAUAACUGACAAGAAUGAUAAAAUAACACGUUCUUCUUGUUAUGAAUUAGGAAAAAUAUAUUUUUUUGGAUAUAAAAAUUAUUUCUUUUCAUAUAAAAGAAAUAUAAACUUAAGUUUGUAUUAUCUAGAAAAAGCUGCUAUGAUGAAAAAUCCAGCAGCUUUACACUUUUUAAGUUUUAUUUAUUUUUUUGAUUUUCAUAAAAUAGAACAAAAUAAUAAAAGUAACCAAAAAAAAAAUAUUCAAAAUGUGCAUAAUUUACAAGAAAAUGAAAAUUUUAUUAAAAAAUCCAUCGAAUAUGAAAUGAUCGCAGCCUCCCUCAAUUACAUCCCUUCCAUUUUAACACUCGCAUAUAAAUUCUUAUAUGGUAUUAAUAUGAAACAAAAUUGCUACAAAUCUAAGAAAUUAUAUAAAACGGUUGCUGAAAAUGUUAUGAACUCGGAUUAUAUUAAUAUCCCACUUUCAGAACUAGAUUUAUUAAACGGAGAAAAUUUAAAUAUACAUAAUGAAAUUAAUAACAUGAAAAAUAAUGAAGAAGAAAUUCUUGAAUUCUUAAAUGAACAAAUUAAAGGAGGUGAUGUAAUGGCUAUGUAUGACCUUGGAAAAAAAUAUAAAGAAGAAAAAAACUUUAAACAAGCUUUCAAAUAUAUUAAUGAAGCUUCGAAAAAAAAUAAUCUACUAGCCCUAAAAGAAUUGGGAAUUAUUUAUUUGUAUGGCUAUGGAGUUCAGAAGGACAUAAACAAAAGUAUAGAAAACUUUUCAAAGGCUGCGGAAGCUGGUGAUGUCGAAUCCAAAUGCUAUUUAGGGUACAUUUAUUAUUUCAUCGAUGGGUAUAAAGAUUUAGAGUUGUCAUUAAAAUAUUUGAUUGAAGCAGCUAGCCACGAUUAUGGAGAAGCUUUUUUUUUCUUGGCAGAAAUUAUUUUGGAUAUAUCGAUGAGAAAGCAAUACAUAUCUGAUUAUGUGUAUGAAGUGGUAUUUAAAUUAUAUGAGCAUUCCGCUGAUUUGGGUUAUGUUCAGGCAUAUUUCAGAGAAGCUCAAUUGUAUGAAAUUGGGAAGGGUGUUAAGCAGUCAUGUUUGAAUGCAACAUUGUCUUAUAAAUUUAUAGCUGAAAGUACUUUAUGGAUAAAUAACAUAAGACAAGGCAUGGAUUAUUAUCUUGAUAAGGAUUAUUUGAAAGCGUUUUAUACAUAUGCAUUGGCAUCAUAUGAGGGAUAUGAAAUUGCUCAGAAUAAUUUAAUAUAUAUUUACAGGACAAACAAAUUGAAUAACAUUAUAAAUCCAAGGAAAAUUAUGUUGGUAUUAAAUUUGUUAUAUAAGCAAGGAAAUUAUAAGGCUUUAUAUGAAAUGGGAGAAAUAUAUAAAGAACAAAAUAAAGAGGAAUUAUCUGUAUCAUAUUAUAAGUUAGGUUUAAAAAAAGGUGAUUUGAGAAACUUAUUACCCUUAUCAAUGUAUUAUGAAAAGCAUAAGGACCAUGAUAGGGCCUUGAAAUAUAUCAACUACUUCAUAAAACAAAGAAAUAGAGAGAAAGAAAUUAGCAACACAAAACUGGAGAAAAUAAAAAAUGUUCUUGAUAGCACGUUGUUAUAUUUUCGUAAAUAUAAAUUAUUUUUUAAAAACUUGUAUAAUUUUAAACAAAAAAAUAAAGUGCAAUGA